CGAAAACAACAUCAAAUAUCGUCAAGUGCGUGCGAGCAGACAACAGAGAGAGAAUUAAAAUAUAAAACUGUAAAUAAUAUAGUUUCUCUUAAUUUUGGGAUUUACUCUAAUUAUCAUAGAAGGUUUAGUUUACUAACUAUUUGAAAGUAAUAACAGCUUAACUUUAAGGAUGGACUCUGAAGAAAACACUACGGAAUCUUUGGGCGCAAUAAAAAUUUUUAAUGGAAGGCUAAGCUACGUGGGACAGGACGUUCACCGUAUUCCGCCGAUUCUGUCCAAGUUGUACGGAUCUCGAGUUCAAGCUCUAGACCUGAGUUAUAACUCGCUCACCAAUCUACAUGAACUCGCCAACUUUUCACAACUCACAGAACUUGUGCUGGAUAAUAAUCAGCUGAGUGACUCGCUGGUGCUUCCCCCACUACCUGAUCUGCACACCCUUUCUCUCAACAAGAACAAUAUUACCAAUCUUGACCUGUUGCUGACAAAAAUCGAUCACAACUUGCCUAGACUGAGGUACUUGAGUUUACUGGGUAAUGUAGCUUGUCCCAACCAGCUCUCUGAUAGCACCAAAGAUGACGAUGACUACCAGAGAUACAGGUACUAUGUGUUGUAUCGGCUUCCUGGGCUACAGUUUUUGGACUCACGACCGACUUCUGACCAUGAACGGGAGGAGGCUCGUCAAAGAGGAAAGUUCAUGAAGAUUGUUCGGCCGGCCAUUACUAGCUCAUCUAGAAGUCCACUGGACUACGAUGAUGAUGAACCUUCUUUUGCGGAUUAUUCUCCUCUUCCACCAGCAUCAAGGGACGGCAAAGACCAUCAAGGAAUGUAUGGAAGAUGUAGAUUUAGAUACAUCGGAAAGCACUCAGAAGGGAACCGCUUCAUUCAGAAUAACGACCUUUAGUUAAGUGUCAAAGUGAGAAUCAUUUAAGAUUAAGACUUAAAACUCAUAAUAGUUAAAAAUAAUAUCUAAGACCAUUCACUAACUUUUUUAUCCUUGUAUUUUUAUGUAUUUUUUUAUCCAAGCUUUUUAUUUUUAUUUUUGUGAAGAGGAAUUUUAAUAUCUUUAAAAUAAUCAGCGCAAACUUGUAAAGGGGGAUGGAUGACGAGUAUUUAGUGUUAAAUCAAACCUGAACCAGCUUUAUAAGUGCUUACUUUUUUUCAACAUACAUUAGAGCAAUUUAGUUUGAUUUUGAUAUUUUACAAUAUUAAAAUAUGUUAUCUUCCACAUAACUAAAUCAGGUAAUUUCAAGUAUUUUUCAAGGGUGUACCGGUAUUAACAAAAUAUAGUAAUGUCUAAUCAUUUUAUAGCAUGUUUAGUUAUUGUUCUGUUAAGUUUGUUAUGAAUCUCCAGUGGUAAAAUUAUGAGGUUUGGUAUUUUUUAUACAUUUCGUUAUUUUAUAUCUAAUGAUAUUUUCUAUUAAAAUAAGAAUAUAUAUGUUAUCGUUUAGUCUUAUAUUUUAUUUUACAUGUUAAAAUGUAUAUAUCGAACAAUGUUUGGCUUGUAUAGUUAUUCAAGUCUUUAUAUUCUGAAUACAUUUUAAAUGUUAAAAAUGUUAAGUAAGGUGGUGUAGAUGGGUGAAUAUCUGUUGGUUAGUUCAUUGAUUUUGCAGCCUUCUAUGGUUCUAAAAUGUCAUUAAGGAAUAUACGUUUUCAGACUGUUUAUCAGCAUUAAUUUACUUAGUCAAUUGUAUUAAUAGGCUUUAAAAGACUUUUUAUUCUUUAUGUUUGGCUAUAGGUUUAUGUACAUGAAAUGUUUCCCAUAUUAUUAAGCACCAAUGCAAUAUUUAUUUACCUAAAUUUGUUUACUGCUCAUUUUAUGUAUUUGGUGCGAGUCCUGUUAUUCUUGUUUGGAAUAAAGUAGGUAAAUUUUUAUUUGACAGUCAGUAAAAUACAAUUACAGACAAUCAUUGUAGUAUACUUUGGGACCUGAGGCCUUAAACGUAUUUCCAAGAUUUAAGUACAAAAAUGUUCUAAAAUAAACAAUAUUUUUAUCAUUGUAUGUAUAUAAUACAUAUAUUUUGUAAUAGUGUGUUCCGUCCUCUUAUAAUAUAUGAAUACUUAUU